AUGGCACAGCAAGAGGUGCUCAGCGCUUCGCAGCGUAACCUGCUCAGCAGGGCCACCUCCGCGACUUCGGAGCCUACGCCAGGAUAUGUGUACAAGGACAUCACCGACAUGGUACUAAGGGACCCUGCUAUACUGCCAACCGUAGAGGAUUAUUUGCUGCAGAAGCUGGCGCGAAAUGAGCCGUACAUAAAGUUCAAAUGCCUGAAAUUGCUGAAAAAUCUCUGCGCCCGGAUGCCGCACGAAUUCGACAGGAACAAGGUGUGCCAUUGCCACUCCGUUAUCGAGGCGCGUAGCUACAGGGCUCCGUACAGCGAGCACAACGGCGAUUAUCUAUGCCAGAUGGUGAGAAACGAGGUGGAAGACCUCCUCAAGGUGAUAUAUGGACAGCAGGACCCAUCGGGCGCUUACGGUGCGCCACCCAGCGUCCCCCCCCAAAACCGAAUGAUCGGAUUUGGUAACAUGCCAACAGCUCAGCAUUCAGCUAACAACCAAUUCGGAAACACGAAUCCGGCCAACCAGGGGUACUCCCUGCCAAGCAAUUAUGCCGUAGGCUUUGGUAACACGCCAUCUGGCAACAAGGCAGCGUGGGGAAACACAGGAUUCGGGAACACUGGCUACGGUAAUCAGAGUAGCAUGGCUAGCACUGGAGUGGGUAACAUGGGCUUCGGGAAUCAAGGUGGUGUGUCCAGUAGCGGAUCGGGCAACAUGGGUUUCGGUAAUCAAGGAUUCGGAAACACCGCCGUGGGCAGCUCAUCCUUCGGGAACGUGGCCGGCGGUCGAAAAAUGGAGGGAUUCGGGAAUUUUACGUCGAAGACCCCUGUAAACAGGUCCGCUAGUAGCCAGGCUUUCAAGGUAAUCUCCGAUGUUGCCAACAGGUUUAUCCCAAGUUCAAUAAUGGACAAGAUUGAACGCGUCAGCUCGGCGUUCACUUCGACAACGUUGGAUCAGAUCGAAAGGCACGUUACGUCGGCCUUUGACAAACGCAAACAUGCGAUGCAAGAUCCAUACGCAGCCGCCUUCGUAAGCCCCAAUCGCCCCGUGCCAGGAUUCGUCCAGCCAAGUUUCAACCCUCAGCCGGAACGUACAUUACUGCCGUCGCUCAUACCCGAUGCGCACGCACAGCGCAACACGGCUGAAGACGUAUCGGGCGAGAUGGAGGCCAAGCUCGUGAAGGAUAUUCUUACGUUCAGCGGUAUCAAGGUCACGCCGUCGCAGCAGAUAAUCGACGACUUCCUCAUGCGGCUGAAGGACGCCAAUGUGCGUUAUGUGGUGGAUGAGCUACUGCGUAGCAUCAACAACAGAGCCAACAAGUGGCAGCUGCAGCUCAGGAUACUAUGCGUGUUCGAGGCGCUGCUCCUGCGCGCGAGCUUGGCCGAGGAUGUUCUCACCCGUCUUGCCGCCGAGCUGCAGCCCAUAUUAGUCAAAUGCCGCGAGGAGAGCCAGCUCAAAAACAAGGCAUACAGGGUCAUGCAGCUGCUGAAUAGCACCGUGAAUCUGCCCCCGAGAGACAUGAGCCUGAUUAGUACCACCAGCCCUACCGAACGCAGACCUUCGACCGAAAGCCAGGUUGUAAAGAGUAGCAGCGCGGCGGAGCUGGACCUGUUCGGUGACGAAAUUGCCAAAACAGAGGACAUCAAGCAGAAUGAGCCCCUGAGAAGCAUCCCCAGCGAUUUUACUAACCCCGCCUUCGAUCUUUUGGACAGCUUCACGCCCGUCAGCAGCAUCCGCACACCUCAGGCUGCGCAGGCCAACAAUGCGCCUAAAACUACUAUUGCCGACGACAUUUUGGAUUUCGACAAGCUCGCCAUAACUCCUGCAAAGAAUCGCACAUCCACUCCUGAACACGACCUCUUUGCCGCGCUCGACACAGUGGCCUUCCAACCGCAGGCUCGCGGCACAGAUGACCUUCUCUGA